AUGAAUAAUAUAGAAGCCGAAAAAAGAAUAAACCGUUAUAUUCUAUACAUUGAAAAUGAUGCACAAAAUAAAAUUAAAGAUAUCGAUUCAAAAAUCGAAGAGGAGUACAAUAUGGAAAAGGGUUCACAAACUCAAACCCAAUGUUUGGCCAUUUUAAAUCAUUACGGUAACAAGGAAAAAAACUUAGACUUACAAUUAAAAUUUGCCUAUUCUCAGUUAAAGAGCAAUGCUAAAAUAGCAAUACUUACUUCUAAAGACCAUAGUAUAAAUGAAAUUUUAAAGGAAGUUGGACAGAAGCUGAAGAAAAAAAAUAAGGAUGUAGAAGUAUAUAAAGGUAUUUUGGAGAAAUUAAUCUUACAAGGAAUGUUAGCAUUGUUGGAUAAAAAUGUGACUUUGGGAAUCUUAAAAGAAGAUAAGGAUGUCAUAAAAGAAGUUAUUCCAAAAGCUGAACAAAAGUAUAAGGAAAUGACAGGUUUGGAAACUAAAGCUGAUGUGGACCCAAAAAGAUUUUUACCCGAUUCACGCUUAGGCGGCGUAGAAGUCUAUGGAAGUUCCGACACUGUUAAAGUUUGCAAUACAUUCGAGGCAAGGAUAGAAUUACUUAGAGAAAAAGCUUCCCCCUAUAUUAGGUUGAUCUUAUACGGUCCAAAUUCGAACAGGACCUUUACUGAUUAA